AUGAGGAUAAGAGACAGGAAUGGCGACGAUAUUGAGUUGGAGACACAUAAAUUUUCUGAACGUGCAGAGAAAACCAAGUAUCCAGUGGCAGUGACCGGGGUUAAUGUGGUGACCAAUAAUUCCACUCCCCUGGUAAACCUCGAUACCAUCGCACUGAGUUGUGACGCGUCGGGCGCUGUUCAGACACGGACAUGGUUCAAGGAUAACCAACCCAUCCAGGAAAACGGCAGAAUAUUUACAUUUCCCGACAGGGCGAAACUGACUAUAAUCGGUGUGAACAGAAAUGACGCAGGGACGUACAAGUGUAUCGCCAGCAACUCCAUCAGCAGUGGCGCUGGAGAGACCUACGUGCAAGUUUACUAUGGACCAGAGAAGGUCAGAAUUGUACCGGAGCGUCCAGUUGUGUCCAAUAUUGUGUCAAACCUGACAUUAACUUGCUUUGCUCUGUCAGUCCCCUGGGGUAUAUAUGCAUGGUACAACGGGAACAAUCUCCUGCAGACAGGGCAGGAACUCACCCUUGUGUCAAUGAGCUCGGUUAACGUGGGGUGUUAUACAUGUCGGGUUACUAACGACGUAACCAAGAGGAGCAGUAACCUCACUGUCCAUGUUACCGCACAAGGAGCAAAAACAGAUGAAAGUUGUACCCUCACCUCUGGCGCGAUCGUGGGCAUUGUACUUGGCUUCAUUGGCGUGGGCCUGAUCGGCGGAGUCAGCGGAUGGUUGAUCGCGAGGAAAACGGGAGGGAUCAAAGAUCCACCGCAAUCCAAACUCGAUACCAGCAUCAAUUCCGGAAGAACAAGCCCCUUGGACACAGAGACCGUGAACACAUCGCAAAACUACGAAAACUUCCCAAGGAAUGAACAGGGCUCAAAGAACAAUACACAAGAUGGAAACUCCACUUACACGAUGACGUCACUGGUGAAUAGAAGAGGACGGUUGGCCGGGAAUUCACACAUGAGAAGGACAAUCCUCGUGGAAUGAGCCACCGCUCAAAACAUCUGUUAGUUUUUAUAUACAACCG